UCUUCUGCUCGACAUAUUUAUUUCUAUCCACACAUCUUUCCAACCCUAUUUUCCUCUAAUCCAGUGUUUCAAAGGUGUAGAUGUGUAUUCACCUUCCCCCCUGACAAAGAGCACCGGUGUUCCGACACCAACGGCAGCGCUGGUUCAGACAGUCCGGAUCCGGACCCCUGGCGGUUGAGUGAGCCGUGAUCCGCCCCGUGUUUUCCCGCAGACCAUGCGCGGCCCAGCUGAGGUGACUGGCAGGACUUGUUUACUGGUGGAGAGACUCGCAGAAAAGAGAGACGGAAAGAGGGGGAACCUGAGGGAGAGCAACCGCUAAACGGAACGGGAAUCCAAGUUUUUACACUUGACCCGUCUUUUUUAAUAAUUUUUUUUUUGUGUGUUUACCUGUCUAUCGGAGACGGGAUACUGACUUUGUGUGUGUCUAUGUGGGUUAUUUUUUUAUUUUUAACUCUAUCGCCGACACCUCGUUUGUUUUGGACUAGCUAGCUAACGUUAGCUGUUUUCCCCCAUCAGCUAACGUUAAUCUGAAAAAAAGAAACGGGCGGCGUGGUGGAGAGUUUUCUCACUUCAAAGCAACGUGUAUGUUUAACAGAGCCGUUAUCUUUGUCGUUUUUUCCCACCCCACAGUGGAUGGGAAAGAAGUAACGUUUACCUCCCAAGUUUUCCUUCUUUGUUUUCUUUCUCCCGUUUUGUCGUUUUAUGGGUGUUCAUUCGUUUGCGGCGUGGUGGUCAGCGGAGGUGAAGGAGUUCAGAGGAAGGUCGUAGUAGGGGAAAGCUGUGUCGCUGCACGUUUUCCCUGCACGUAGCUGCUCAGAGGAGUUUCCUGGGAUGUGCUCCCAUCUGUCUUAAAAAAGGGCGAGCUUAUGAGAAGAUACCAGCAAACAGGCGGUAAUUUAAAGACCUGUGGACUUCUAAAGAGAGAGCGCAAACCCUGCCAACUCCCGUUCUUGGCUCUGUAUGUGGCGAUAUCUAUAACUUCAGCCCAUGUCUGCUGGAGGAACAGAAGAGGAGGCUGUUUUUGUUUUUUGUAAACGCUGUGCAUAGGAAAAAUACCUCUUUGCAAUUUGUUUUUGAAGUGGGUCUUCCCUCAUUGGAGCAGUGCAUUACAGAGAAAUGAGCCCGGGGCCAGUGGACCUCCAAACUAGCCCUCUGCGUGUGGGAUAUUAAUAAUAAUAAUACUGUUAUUUCUCUCUUGAUCCAGUGGAGCACCAACUAAACAGAUGAACGUGGACUGUCGCCUUCACUUAUGGAAAAUGAAGAUCUUCACUCGCACAUGUGUUGCCAGAACCCAAGAUCACGUUAUUUAGUGGUCUGCGUUUUUUCCAGGGCUCACAUACAUCACAAACUUGGCUGGGAAGAUACUCAUAAAUUUAUUACCCCUCCCCCCGGCUCACGGGGGGCAACCUUGAAUCAGUUGGCUAUAUUGGACCUUCAUUUUUAAGAAAUUGUUUGAUACUUUUGUUAUUCCAAAAUAAACAUUUCUCCCUCAAGAUUGGAGUUUUUUUUUGAGAAGCUUCAAGAGGAGAGCACAACUUACCCUCAAGUCAAAAUGAGACGGUGGACGCUAAAGCUGCGAGCACAAAUUGUGUUUUUUAUCAUCGGCACCUGCAUUAUAUGCCAGUGUGGACUAAUAAACGGAGAAAUCUGCCAGAGCAAGGACAUCCGGAACAAUGUGACCAACCUCCAGUCGUUGGAGAACUGCACGAUUAUCGAGGGCCACCUGAAGAUUCUGCUCAUGUUUAAGACCAAGACCGAGGACUUCCGGGGUCUCAGCUACCCGAAGCUGCGAGUAGUCACCGACUACAUGCUGCUGUUCAGGGUCUACGGCCUUGAGUCCCUCAGCGAUCUCUUCCCCAACCUGACGGUGAUUCGUGGAAACAACCUCUUCUUCAACUACGCUCUUGUGAUCUACGAGAUGCUGCAGCUGAAGGAGGUGGGCCUUCACAGUCUCAUGAAUAUUACCCGGGGCGCUGUGAGGAUCGAGAAGAAUCCAGACCUGUGCUACCUGGCCACUCUGGACUGGUCCAAGAUCCUGGACACGGUGGAGGACAACUUCAUCGUGGCCAAUAAGAAUGAGAGAGAGUGUGGAGACGUGUGUCCUGGCACGGCCCAAGGUCAGACGAUCUGCUCACAGAACACCAUCAACGGACACUUCAGGGGACGAUGCUGGUCACAGAACCACUGCCAGAGAAUGUGCUUGGACAACUGUAAGCAUGGUGCGUGUAGCCUCCAGGGCCAGUGCUGCCAUGACCAGUGCCUGGGUGGCUGUUCUGAGCCAGGUAAUGCAAGUAGCUGUGUGGCCUGCCGGAACCUCCAGCAUGGGAAUACCUGUAUGGAGAAGUGUCCUCCUGGAUACUACGUCUUCAGGGGCUGGCGCUGCGUCAGCUUCUCCUUCUGCCAGGAGCUCCACAACCAGUGUAAGCAGACUAAGAAGUUGAACCAGGACCGGGAGUUGAGCUGCUAUGAAUAUGUCAUCCACAACGGGGCCUGUAUUCCAGAGUGUCCUUCUGGAUACACCACUAUCAACUCCACUACGUUGACCUGUUCGCCAUGUGCAGGCCUGUGUCCUAAACUGUGUGUCGGAAAUAAGACGAUUGACUCAGUAACUUCAGCCCAGGCUUUGAGAGGCUGCACUGUUCUCCACGGCAACAUGAUAAUCAAGAUUCGAGGAGGGAAUAACAUUGCAGCUGAGUUGGAAGCAAGUUUGGGCCAGAUUGAGGAGAUCACAGGCCACCUGACUGUUCGCAGAGCCUACGCCCUGGUCUCCCUCUCCUUCCUCCGUAAACUACGCAUCAUUAGGGGGGAGCAUCUGGAGGGAGAUAACUACGCCUUCUAUGCAUUGGACAACCAGAACCUGCGUGAGCUGUGGGAUUGGUCCAAGCACAACCUGACCAUCCAGCGUGGUCGUAUGUUCUUCCACUACAACUCCAAACUUUGCAUGUCUGAAAUCAGAAAGAUGGAGGAGGUAACAGGAACCAAGGAGCGCAACCAAAAGAAUGACAUUGCCGUACGCAACAAUGGGGACCAAGCCUCCUGUGAGACCAAGCUGCUGAAAUUCACCGUCAUCAAGACCACAUCAAAUAUGAUUAUGUUGAAGUGGGAGCCCUUUUGGCCCUUAGACUUUAGAGACCUGCUGGGCUUUAUGGUUCUCUACAAAGAGGCGCCAUAUAAGAAUGUGACGGAAUUUGAUGGACAGGACGCGUGUGGCUCUAACAGCUGGGCUAUUGCUGAUGUUGAUCCGCCAUCCCGUUCCACGGAAAUCAAGAAGGCAGAUGAUCCGGGGCACCUGAUUCGACCGUUGAAGCCCUGGACCCAGUACGCCAUUAUGGUCAAAACCCAACUGUCUGCAUCUGACGAGCACCAGGUUCAUGGAGCCAAGAGCGAGAUCAUCUACGUCCGCACCAAUGCCUCCAAGCCCUCUGUGCCUCUGGACCCCAUCUCCUCCUCCAACUCCUCCUCUCAAAUCAUCUUGAAGUGGAAGCCUCCCACCAGUCCAAAUGGCAACAUCACCCACUACCGCGUCAUCUGUCGUAAGCAGCAUGAGGACAGCGACCUCUACAAGUUUGAUUAUUGCCUACAAGGAAUGAAGCUGCCGUCUCGCACCCCGACCCACCUGGACAGCGAGGAUGAGCAAAAGUGGAACCACACAGAUGAGCCCACCUCAGGGGGCAGGUGCUGCGCCUGCCCCAAGACAGACAACCAGCUAAAGAAGGAGCAAGAGGAGAUAGAGUACCGCAAGACUUUCGAGAACUACCUCCACAAUGAAGUCUUCGAGAGCAGACCAUCUCGGCGGCGGCGAUCAGUGGGAGUUGCCAACGCCACCCAAACUUCUUUCUUCCUCACCACAGCCCCCGGUCUGCCAUUCGGCUCCACCACAGCCACCCCUGAAGAUGAAGACGAGGAGGGAUCCAAGGUGGAGCUGAAGGUGUUCUCAAAGGAGUCAACAGUCAUCUCCAACCUGCACCACUUUACCAGUUAUAAGAUUGAGAUCAUGGCCUGCAACCAUCCGACAGAUCUCAAACGCUGCAGCAUGGCUACUUAUGUCAGCGCUCGAACUAUGCCAGAGGAGAAAGCAGACCUCAUCCCAGGCCCCGUGACCCAUGAGAUAGUGACAGCCGAGCCUCCCUAUGUGUUGAUUAAAUGGAAUGCACCUCGCUCCCCUAAUGGCCUCAUCAUCUUGUAUGAGGUGUUCUACAGGAGGGUUGGAGACACAGAGGUUCACACAGCUUGUGUGUCACGGCCGGCCUACCUCAAGUCAGGUGGCACGAAGCUUUCGCUUGUGCAACCUGGAAACUACAGUGUGAGGGUCCGCGCCACCUCCUUGGCAGGAAAUGGCUCCUUUACGGAAACCACUUACUUCUUCAUGCCCAACCCGGAUCCAGGUUUAAUUUGGAUUGUGAUUGGUCCAGUCAUCUGUUUCAUCCUGCUGCUGUUCGUGGGAUGUGGAGUCUUUGUGAUCUUCAAGAAGAGGCAAACAGAAGGCCCGACAGGACCUCUUAUCGCCUCCUCAAACCCUGAGUACCUCAGCGCCAACGAUGUGUAUGUUCCUGAUGAGUGGGAAGUUCCCCGGGAGAAGAUCACGGUGCUCAGAGAGCUGGGUCAGGGCUCCUUCGGCAUGGUGUACGAGGGAAUCGCCAAGGACAUCGUCAAAGGAGACCCGGACACACGCGUAGCCGUCAAGACAGUUAAUGAAUCGGCCAGCCUGCGCGAGAGGAUCGAGUUCCUCAACGAAGCCUCCGUCAUGAAGGCUUUCAGCUGUCACCACGUGGUACGUCUGUUAGGUGUGGUGUCCAAAGGUCAGCCCACCCUGGUAGUGAUGGAGCUGAUGACCCACGGUGACCUGAAAAGCUACCUGCGUGGUCUCAGGCCAGACUCUGAGAACAACCCAACUGGCCGUCCACCACCUACUCUGAAGGAGAUGAUUCAGAUGGCUGCAGAAAUUGCAGACGGCAUGGCCUACCUCAACGCCAAGAAGUUUGUCCACAGAGACCUGGCAGCCAGGAACUGCAUGGUGGCAGAGGACUUCACCGUCAAGAUUGGAGACUUUGGUAUGACCAGAGACAUCUAUGAGACUGACUACUACCGUAAAGGAGGGAAGGGCCUGCUUCCUGUCAGGUGGAUGGCUCCAGAGUCUCUGAAGGACGGAGUCUUCACUGCCCACUCUGACUGCUGGUCAUUUGGCGUUGUGCUGUGGGAGAUCAGUACGCUAGCAGAGCAGCCUUACCAGGGUUUAUCCAACGAACAGGUUCUAAAGUUUGUCAUGGAUGGAGGAUACCUGGACCGGCCAGAGAACUGCCCUGAGAGGAUGCACAGCCUAAUGCAGAUGUGUUGGCAAUACAACCCCAAGAUGCGGCCGAUGUUCCACGAGAUCAUUGAGAUGCUGCGGGAGGACCUGCACCCGUCUUUCCAGGAGGUCUCCUUCUUCUACAGCGAGGAGAACAAAGUCCCUGAGACAGAGGAGUUUGACCUGGACCUAGACAACAUGGAGAGCAUCCCCCUGGACCCGUCGUCAUACUCCCAAAGAGAGGAGAGUUUAGGCAGGGACAGUGGGCCCUCAGUAGCCCUCAGGGGGAACUAUGAGGAGCAUGUCCCCUACACACACAUGAACGGUGGCAAGAAAAACGGACGAAUCUUAUCGUUGCCCAGAUCCAGCCCUUCCUAACAUUUCCUGUUUCCUAAAAGAACUUGUUUAACACCCCCCCCCCCGUUUCCCUUCCCUUCCCAUCCUUCUUUCUCUUCCAGUCCAUUUUUUUCUGUAUCCUUCAUGUUCUUCUCAUCAUUUUCUAAUGAUUUUCUUAUUCUUGGAGAAGCCCUUCAAAAAAGACACAGAUCUCAGGACUUUCUAUUUUCUUCCUCAUGGCUGCCGAACACAGGCAAGCAAGGGAUGCAAACAUAGUGUAACACUUUUUUAACUUCCUCCACAACACAUCAGACUUUCUAUUAAUAUAUUACCUAUCUAUUGUUUUUCACUAUUGCCACGUUUCCAGGACUCCUUGUGAUGGAAACAGAGAAAAGAAAAACUGUGAACACAACAAACCUUAGACAACCAAGAAGGCUGCUUAUGCUCAACCUCCUCAACACUUGUCCCUCCUUUUCUCCCCACCAAUCUGCAUUUCCACAUUUCUGUGCUUUGUUUUUCUCUUCAAGUGAAAUCUUGUUACUCAGAUAGUGGCCUUUUUGUAUGUGGCCUAUAAACAAAGAGAAGUGUCUAUCAGCGCUUUUACUAAUUUCCUUUUGAACAAUGACUUAAUCAGUUUGGCACAGUGGGAUGACUUGCAAAGACUUGAUCCUAGAACAAACAUCUAUUCCUAGAGGAAUGUUUUCUUUUCUUUCUUUCUUUUUUUUUUGGUUCUGCAGAAUUCCAAACUACAAACAGAUUCAACGGGUGUUUGGUGAAUAGUUUUAAUUUAUUUGCUUUUAUUGUUAUUUUCUCUUCUCUUUUCCUCUUUUCUUAGUUUUAUUUCUGUGUCCUCACUAUAUGGCUGAAGGAUAUUUAAACAGUUAAGAAUUGGACAAAAGAGUUCCUCAGACUGACCAAUAGCUGCUGCUUUGAUAUAUUUUAGUGGGUAUAGAAAUAUAUAAAUAUAUAUAAUAUAUAGUAUAUAUGGAAUAUUGGUAUUUAUGUACCAUUAUUUUAUAUAUAAUAUAUGACAUAUUGACGUUUUUGUAAAUAGUUCAUAUUUGUAAUAUUUUUCAUCAGAAGCUUUGCUAGUAUUUUGUUUUGCCAGGUUUGUUUUCUUAUUUUUAUAGCCCCAGAAAUCACACUAAUCUACCAUCAGUGCUCUCUGUGUCUUAGGCCUCCAAUCCCCCUUGAGUACUCUCUCCGUCUGGAUGGGAAAGGAGAAAGCCCCGAAAUAUUGUCAACUCACUGCAUAAUUUUUUUUUAUAAACCUCGUUCACACUGAGAGCUGUCAGUAUUUGGAGGCAACUUUACUACAACAACAACGAAGAAAAAAAACAAAACGUAAUAACCAAAAAAAGAAAAAGCUUUAUAAAAGGGGAAUGAGGUCUUUCUAGGUGGAAGUGCACCUGAUGUGUGUUUGUCUCUGUGUCUGCUGUCUCUCUCUGGUCAGUUCAUGCUGGAGCAGAGGUCUUUAUGUGUCUGUUAUCACAGGUUUAUUAUGUCUUUCACGUGAUUGUGCUGGUCGUCCAAGUCGUGAACUGUCAGUGAGGUUAGAGAUUGUGGCGAGCUCGUCCAUGCCUUGUUAUUGUACUUCCUUACGUUGGCAUAACAGUAAUGGCUUUUCAGUUGUGUCAUGCUGCUUGGAUCAGGGCGAAGUGGACGAUGAGGCCCUUUUUAAAACAAAAACAAAAAAACUCUUUGUCUUUAGCACUAAAAGCCCUCAUAAUUUAAAUCGUAGAGCAGUAGCAUUCCCUUCCUGUCUGACCUGAGAUCUGGCACAGUUCAGGACCUCUGUGUUAGAUGGAAGGUUUUAUUAAAUUCACACAUUACAGUCCCCUCUCAUUGUCGUUCUGUUAGAUUUGCUCUGCACCACAUGCACCUCCUGCACGCUCUCCCUCCUCAGUCUACCUGAGGCUUCCCAUUGGCUGCUGAACUCACUGCUCAAAAUCAGGCUGUUGGAAAUUUCCACGUUUUGUGGUGGAGGGCUGGAGAAAAAUACGGAAAGUUCCAACUGUAUUCAGAGUCCACAGCAGGUAGUGGAGAGAGAGGCAGUCUGUCUAUCUUUCAGUGUGUAAGUGAUUGUUAAUCCUAUUAUUCUCUCUGCUAUCACAUGCAGUUAGGCAGUCAGGACACAGUGUGCAGCAGCUAUUUCACUCAGGUCUGACAUUCCAGGAUUUAGUUGGAACUGCUUGUUCCCUCGUCCCCCCUGUUUUGCCUGCCUGCUGGCAGUGCUGAUACCAUCACCACACCCCAUCUGAUUCAGAACACACAUGAAAGACUUUCUUGUUUUUCCUUCUUAACAAUCAAAUAUCUGACGUGUGUCACUCCUGCUGGGAAUCAGAAACAUUCCUGUCAACUGUACCCUUACACAAAGCUACAGAAAAGCAAGUUGUCCUCAUUGCUGAUUCCCUCAUUGUGUCUCUUAAGAUCAUUAAUUCACUAUGACCUUUAUUCUGAGCCCAAAGGCCGUCAGAGUUUCACAGCAGACCCUCCGUAUACGUGCUUCUCUCACUCUCUAACCAUGAUGAUGUGGGAGGUGAUAGUCAGCAGACGAGUAGAGAUUUUUUUUUUCUUUGGACACACACACCAGUGUGGUUGCCAAUCUAGCCGAACAGCAUUCAGCACUUAUAGUAUAGCCAAAGUGUUGGCAGCUUUCUGUCAACAAUGAGAACCCACAUAAUCAGAGUCAGAGAAAGCAGAGAAGCUGCCUCCAUAUUUUACCAGUGCCUUCUCAAACCCAGAGCCACGUCCAAGCUAGUUAUAUUGGCUACUAACACACACACACACACACACACACAGGCCUCUGUGCUCUGUCUGUAUUUUUUCUCAUGAGGCAGGAGACGCAUAGAAAUCAAAGCUACAUUUACAUUUGUGUUUGUAGGGUUACAACUCUGCUCUUUGCUGGAGGAGAAGUUGAAGUCUUUGGGGCAAUUUUUUAUGUUUUAUUUUUAUUUUCAGCUUGUUGCCAGCGUAAGGUUUGAACAUUAAUGUUCACCUAGUGCUUUAGCAGUGACACUGUGGAUUGGCCAGAGUCUGUGCUGUUGGCACUCAGAGGCACCUGAGUUUAUGAUGUAGAUUUUAGCUAAUUAUUCUGAGGAGUUACAAUCUUGGGCUUUUGUACUUUGUAAAUGAUCUGUGACUGAGAAUAAAAGCAGAAAAAAAGAUAUAUAAAAAAAAAAUGGGAUGCCUGUCAGUUUUGCGUACAUGACAGAAAAAUGGUGGGCCUUAGCUGUUUCGCAGUUCCACACUGUAUACUGAUACUAAAUUCUUAUCGUAAUAGUAUAAUGUUUUGGCAGUUAGUACAUCUUUGUACUUUGAGUGUACUUACUCUUCUAGUAUAAACACACUACAUACUCAAAACCCAGUUAGAACUAGUAUGUAGUCUGGAAGUGGGACAUAGCUCUUGUCUCCACCUUGACCUAGGUUGCUUAUCUUGUGGUGGUGUUCACAUGCAUAUGCAAUUUUUAAUUAAGAUGGUGCCCAUAUCUUUGAAAUACCAGAUAUUUAUUUUAUUAUGAUCAUUGCCAUUGUAUAAGAAGAACACAGUUAGCUUUUUAGUCGAGCAUUUUUAAGGUGUUUGAGAGUGGAGCGAUGUAAAAGCCUAGUUUGUUAUUGUACAGGUGGAGUAGCUGGUGGUGAACAGCAGGAGUGCUAGUUAGUUAGUUAGUUAGUAAGUAAUUGUUGUCGUCUUUGUGUUUGGCCAGAGUCUACCUCAGUGCAUAUGGAGGAAUCAGUCUAAAGAGCCUAAAUCAUCCCCGUCAGUCACUCAGUAUCCCAUUAUUUCAGAUAAUAUCACUUUAUCACACAUUACCAACACUGCUGAUGAAUUCCUUUCCCCUGUGGUGUAUUAAACCCCUCUGCCUCCUUGUUUUCUUAGUUUUCUCUUCUUCUUGUGCCCUAGGGGACCCCUGCAGUAUGUGGAUAUUGUUGGGAGCACGGCCCAUCAUAUUUUGGCCCAUUUCUGUUUUAAAUGUCUCGAGUUUAGAGCUCAUUUCCUAUCAUUGGUGUAGAGUUUAGGGAUAAACAAGUAUCAUACCUCUCAGAAUUUUUACCCCUAGCAAUUAUUAAAUGUGGGACAUCAGGCAGUAAAUUGGCUUUAUGGACAGUCUAUCCUUUUCACUGUUACUACAGUUUAUACAAUUACUCACAAGAGGCUUCCCUCGGGCGCUUGAAGAAGCAGCGUAGCUUUGUUAUGUGUAUUGCCCUUUUCUAUAUACACCAAUCCUCUGGACUGUAUGUAGUAGUGGCUCUACUGGUUUCUGGGGAUGUGACAUUAGCAUGAGUCAAAAAGAAAAGAAAGUCUCUUGACUCUCAAUGCAUAUCUUUGAUCACCUACAGCCAAGGCUAACCAAGCUCAGCCCUGGACCCUCGUACUUUUUUAAAUCACAUCCAGACUAAACCUGUUUUCUGGCAGAAAGCCCUACUCUUCUUCUUCAGUCAUUCUGUCUCUUUGUGGUCAAAACAGUUAGCGUUCAAAACCCACGUCUCCCGCAGUCGUUGUCGGUUUAUUUGUCUGUUUCUCUGUUCUGAUUUUUGUUUUGUAUGUAUAUUUUUUCUACUGUGAAGAGAUAACCUUUAUUUUCUGUCAAUGCCAUGGAUUAGGUCUGUUUUGGCUGAUCAGGACACUGAUGUCUGCGCUGGUUAAAAAGUUUUAAAGAGGAGGACCCCCCUUACCUCCUCUGCAAAGGAAAAAAAAGCUGGACUGGGAGAAUCCUGUAUGCCAUAAUAACUAUUAACAGACAUGAAAUCUAGAUUGUAACUUUUCCUCUCAGGGAGGCGGCCUGAUGCUUUGUGGUUGGAAGAUAAAGAGGAUGAGGAGGAAGAAGAGCUACCUACCUACCUUUUAUCUACUCUGACUGAAGCCAAGUUCUCAGCAUCCUUGCAAAAUGCAAAAUGGAGAAGAUAAGCCCAAGGACAAGUUUUCAACAAAAACCCAAACCCCCUAGUUGAAAAAUUUUAACUCUUUCUGCCCCUUUGAAGAUAAUCAGGAAUCCUCCUCUCUCUGACGUGAUGUGGUCUGGACUGCCCUCUAGCGGUUGGACGGGAGGGUUGCAGGUCAGGGGUGACAAAGCAAACAGGGCCCAGACCCAUAGUGCCUUGCUCAGACAAACGGCCCACCUGACCCCCCUCCCACCCAGUCCACUCCCCCCAGUGGCAUCACUAAAGAGGAUUUUCCACCUCCAAACACAAAAUGGAAACACAUGAAUUAUGUUGUUAUGCAUUCUGUGUUCUUUAGUUGUAAUGGCAGAGAAAAAUAUUGCUUCUUGGUGGAAAAAUACUGUAAUUUGGAUUAUGAUGAUUUUUACCAAAAAAAAAAAAAAAGUUGAACUUGUGUCUCUACUCUGCUAAGCUCUGGCUUGCUUUGUGCAUGCAAAAUGAAUGAUUUCCAUUUGAAAUGCAUUCAUUUGUUCCAAGAUUUUCAAGAAAUGAACUGAUUAAUAAGCUUUUUACUGUAAAUAGCAGCAGAUCCCCUUGGCCCCCUGAAAAAACAAAAGCACUUGAUUAUAGGGAAGUUUAGGUUUGUUUUGUUGAACUCUGAAGACCUAAAAAGCGGUUGGACUGAGCAUGCUAGUAACACAGCGCAGGGUGAGAACAAAGCAUUGUAUGUAUUAUUGUUUUGUUUUAAAGAAAAGAAAAAAGUAUUACAUUUUAGAGAUGUUGAUUUCUAUUUUUUUUAGCCAAAGUAUGGAGGGCAAAUACAAUUACUUUUUCUGACUGUAAACUUUUACUACUCUUGUACAUUAUGAAUUUAACAUUAUCAAUGUGUAUAUAACUUUUUUCUAAAUUUAAAAAGAUAGAUGUUUUGUUUUCUUUUUGUUGUUUUUCAUGACACAACCCACUACACAGAAAAGAGCAGAGUCGAGUCUGUCAAUGUAUUUAACAGGAGUGCACAACUCCAGUCUGAGGGCUUAACUCUGUGUAACAAGACAUGAACAGUAUGUGGCCUGAAACGUUUCGCAAUGAACCCUGCUCUUAAUGCUCCGAUGCAUGUUCUGAAGCCACAGCAGCAUGUCACCCAUAAAGCCUUUCUUGUGUCACAAAUAUGUCACCUAUCACAGAUGUUUUAUGAAAUUGUUUCUGAUGAGACGUGUGUUUAGUUUGCAAAUGUGUUUUUUUUUUAUGUGAAAAACUGGAAAAGACCACUGCACAUCCUUUUGAAGAAGAGGAAACAUGAGUGAUAAAAUCCUGAAUAAGCUAAAAAAAAAAAAAGAAAACUUCACUGAUGGUUCAACAACCAUACAUCUUUAAGUUUAGACUGUAAAGCUGGAGGUGUUACAGGAAUAUUUUGGGAAAUACGUUUAAUUCGCUUUCUUGCCGAGAGUUAGAUGAGAAGAUUGAUAACCGAAAAGAAGUGGCUGCAUCCGGUUAGCUUUUGCUUAGCAGAAAGAAUAGAAACAGGGGGAAACAGCUAGCCUGGGUCUGUCAAAAUAAUGUUACAAAUUAACACAUUAUAUCUUGUUUAUUUAAUCCGUACAAAAACCAAAGUGUAAAACCGAAAAGUUGUGUGCUAAGCUAGACCAUUUCUUGACUGGGGGCAGUAACUUCCUGGAGUUUCUAAUGGUUAAAAUUUCAGUUAUUAAACUUAGUGAGUCGUAUAUGCAUCUGAUUUUUACAUUAGGUACAUUUCAUUUAAAUCAAUAAUAUAUAAUUUUCAUAAUAGUUCAAUAGAAAGAAAAUAACAAUUGCACUGCCAGCCAGCCGCUUUUGACCGUCCGUCGCUGCGUCACACUCCGAACUCCUGGCGCCACUGGUUAACUUUGAGGUGUUGGUAGGCAGAUUGUGUUACUGUUGGGCAGAGCCAGGCUACCUGUUUCCCCCUGUGCUGAGCUAAGCUAGCCGGCUGAUGGCUGUAGCUUUAUAUGUAGUGGACAGAUUUAAGAGUGGCAUUGUUCCUCUCACCUAAAUCUCUCUGCCAGAAAGUGAACAAGCGUAUUUUCUAAAAUGUUGACCUAUUCCUUUUAAGUAGGCUCAGCGUAAAGGUGAAACACCUUCAGCUAUAAAUUAAUUAAGUACUGUCUGUCAGUAGUGUGAUGAUGAAACUGUUCAUAUUUGUGUUAUUGAUUAGGGAGAGAUACGCCAUUGUUUAAAGAUAGACAGUGGAGGGCGUAGCAGGUGUGGUGACCCUGUUUGUUAGAUGACAGAUCUGAGGAAAAGCAGCCUCUUCAUCUGCCAGUCCAGUGGUCUGCUCCAGUUUACACACCAAUACCUUAUGUUUAUCUCUAUCCUGUUCCCUGUGCUGUACGUUGUUUAAAUCAAUGGAGUUGUGUCUGUGUUGUCCUUGGUGGAAGUCUUUACCAGCUUUCUUUGUCUCUGAUCGCUGCUCCUCCUCCUCUUCCUCUCUGUGUCCUUAAGUCUCUUUCUCUCCUCAGUGCACAUAGGUGGUCCCCAGAAUGCUGUGUGUAGGCUUGCAGGAUACCUCUUUAUUAAUGUCAUUUAUUGCCGAUGAAUAUGCUGAUGUAUUAAUUAUGGGAUAUGUUGUGUAUACAUUACGUUGAGACAUUGGUGCGUAUGCAGACAGCAGGUGUGUAUGUACAGUCCAAACCCGCAACCCACAGAGAUCGCUUCAUCCCUCACACUGGAUCCAAAUGUGCCAUUAUCUUUAUGUAUCAUAUAUAUCAACAUAUUGAACACACACACACACACAGAAAUACAUGCAUAUUGUACAGGAUCAAAAAUGUGCCAUGACUAAAUGAACGCUUGACAAUUUAUUUUUUCUAUGUUUUCAAAGGAGAGCCAAGUAGUGACAUGUACAGAAAAUGUUGCAAUGAUAUGAAAAUAAAAAUCUUGCUGUGUGUAAAUUAUUCAACAAUUAACUGUUUAUAUUAAAAUUAUGAAUAAAAUUAUUGGAGAAUA